AUGCCGGGGAAGCGCAGCGAGCGCGGAGGGAACGCGUCCGACGACGCGUCUGGCCCUCCCGCUCCCGAUACAGCACUCGCUCUACCCACCACGAGGUCAGGCCUAGUUCGCCAGGUGCCAGUGACCGUGGCGGGCGAAGACGAGAACGAUGCAGGCAGAAGACGAGUGGAGGCUUCUAAUGGACCAGAUAAAGGGUCGGAGCAGCCGCCUACCGAGUUUCAAAUGCUGUUGCGGGCAAACAACGAACUGAUGAUUCGUGUUGAUCGCAUGUCAGAAGCAUACGCAAAGACACUGACGGCGAUCACCACCGAGAACGCAUUGUACCGCAAGGAACUGGAAGAAUCACGAAAGGAGGUCCAUGGACUGCAGAAGGAAAUUGCUAGUCUAAAAGAGCUCGUCCAGUUUCUGUCGGUGAACGUUUCCUCUUCACCACCGAGCACUCAGGUUAGCAGCCCAGGGAGAAGCUGGGCAUCCAUCGUUUCGCAAUCAUCGUUAGCUUCAUCUAACACCCGGGCUGCGCGUGUGGGACUCGGCCUCCCUGCUGUAAUAUUGGACCUACGCUCCGCCGGAGAAGGGGCCAAGACACUGGUAGACGACCCCGCGCAGACACGGGAGAAAAUCCGUACAGCACUUCAAGGUGAGACAACUACUGCGAGCGUUGACGUUGUGGGGGUUAAAACUACCUCGAAAACCACGAUCAAAGUCUUUGUCGGCUCGGAGGAAAGUGUUGCGAACCUCCGAAGAGCUACACACUGGCUGAACGCCAUGCCUGGGGCUAAACUACAAGGGGAGCAAUGGUUCCCUAUCAAAGUGAAUGAUGUGAAGAGAGAAAGUGUCUUUGAGACAUCGGGGACGCAGCGAGAGGACUUCCUGAGCACCCUCCAAGAGGAGAACAAAGUCACGGAGAUCAGAAAAAAUCAUCUGGCUAAGUGGAAAGAAACGUUAUGGAUCCAUGGCCAUUUACCUUGCUGCACAGGCGGAUGCACAGGCCCUGCUCAGUCGUCGCAUCGUCCACGUCCGCGGAGAAGCAGCGUUCUCGGACAGGUUCUAUGA